UACGGGUAGCCGGGGGGACGAGGGACGAUCGACGAGAGCCCUAGGUUUUGUUUACGCUGCCGCUGCCAACAUCGCCGGCCGAAUCACCUCCUGUCUGCCGCUGCCGCAAUCCGCGGCCUCCCGCUGCUGUUUUCGAAGGCUAAGUCACCUCCUCUCGCCGAAGCUAUGUUUGAUGAAUUGGAUCCUUCCGAUGACGUUUUUCAUCACCCAGCUUCUUCCCCAGCAGACCGAAAAUUGGGCAAAUUCCUACCUAAAGCUCGUGCAAAACCUGUUAAGGUUACCUCCACAGCCCCCAAAACUUCUGAUGCUACCCCGUAUGCUCCUCCUCUCGAGCCUGUGGCUCCGGAUGCUGAUUCAAACCUUGAGAUGGAGCGCCCCUAUCUCCAACCUUGUGUUUCCAAUUCCUAUAGUGUGGCCUGUGACCACCAUUCCGUGCAAGAAUCUGUUGGGCAACUGAAGUCCACACUUGCAGAACCCGUAGAAUCUGAAGGUAAAUAUGUGGAGAAUUUCCAGCAAAAUCAAGGAAACAUAGAUCAGGAUGCAGAUAUGUGCUUUAGCUUGGAUUUUCCUAAUGGUCACUUGAAGACGACUGGACCUGUUGAUAGCUUUAGGCCAAAAGCUAAUUCACACCAUGAUGACAAAGAGCUUGGAGUCGAGGAAUCAUUCUGUGCCUCAACCCUCUGCUCUGGCUGCAACCAAACAGAGGCUACUCACUCUGAAAUAAAUGCAGCUCAACAACCAUUUCAGGCUGAACAAUCAAUCCUUUUAAAGACCUAUGGAGAUGGAGAAUGUGUGCAAAGUGGUGAUAUUGAUGUGCGAUCCAAUAUUGCAGAAUCAAAGGAACAGGCAUCAACAAAGCUUUCCAGCAUGGACGCUCUUUACGACUUGUCUCAUUCUAGUGGAGCCACUGGUAUGGAGGCAAUUGUUGAGGACACAAACCUUGCAACUGCUUGCUCUGGAUCAAAUAUUUUGUCAUCCGAAUUGAAUGCUACCCAACAACCUCUUCUUAUAGCAAAAGAACUCGCAGCCUCAAAAUCCACUGAUGAUGGACUUCAAGUCUCAUUAUCGGAUGAUGAUUUGCAAGCUUUUCCAGAUAAUCGACAAGAAGUGGAGAUGGCAAUGCUUUCUGGCCUUGAAUCACUUGAUGAAUUUUCUUUUCAGCACAAUAGCACCACUGAUGUCGGACAAGUAGGCAAGUUCCAACCUAGAAACAAGUCACAACCAAAAAAGGGAACUGCUAAAUCUGUUUCUUUUAUUCUUCCUGAUGCUUCCAUUACUGGUCCUCCUCCCAUGGGAUCCUUUUCUGAGAUAACGAACCCUUCUUCUGUACAAGCGAAGAUCGAUAUACCUGUGGACAAUCCUUUGCAUUCAUCAAUCAUAACCUCAGACUGCAAUGAAGGUGUUCAAAUAGAUCACCGAGAGGUGGGAGAAGAGAAUAGAGAAGAAAUCAGACUUCCAAAGGGUUUGGAGGAUAUUCAUACCGAGUCCCAAUCCCAAAUUGUUCAAAAACUUAAGCAGCGGAUCCAUGAAGGAAGGCCUACUUCAGAAAAUGAUGAAGAUGAUGAUGCUCAUAAACCAUGUAGGAAACUGAGAAAGAGGAUAGCCAAGUGCAGUACUGACCAAAUUGAAGUUGGAAGCAAUGAUGAACGUGAUAUUGACAACUUUAAUGUCUCUCAGAUGGAUGACAGCCAAAGUGAUGAUUGUCAUAGGGAUGAAGAUAUGCCUAGGCCAAAGAGGACCAAGAGAAAGUCAAAGAGGCAGACAAAUGAAAUUGAAAAACCCACUCGGAAGCGUAAGAAAGCCUUUGAAAAACCUGAUUCUGUUGUAGAGAAUUCACCUAAAAAGAAGUUUCCUCAUGCCACAAGGCGAAGGAGAAGGCAAGUGAACAAAGUUUUACUGCAAACACCUGAAGAUGAGAUUGACCCGAGACAGAUUAGCAUAAGAGACCUAAUAAUGCUUGCAGAAGCUAAGGAGCGGAUAGCAAGUAAAGAAGCGGCGGCAAUGAGUAAAUUAUUCUCAGAACUAGUAGAUGGUCAAAAGCAGAAACAAAGUUGUUCUACGAGGCUAUUCACCAAUUUGGGACAGAUUUUGCAAUGAUACAGCAGCUGUUCCCUAAUCGCACACGCCAUCAAGUGAAACUAAAAUUCAAAAUUGAAGAACGCAAACAUCCUUCACAAGUCCAUGAUGCUUUACUUCGUCCUUCCAAAGAUCGUACACACGUUAUGCAAGUAAUUAAGCAGCUCCAAAUUAGGGCAAAGCCAACUUCCAACGGAGAGACAGAUGGUGAUCAGGUGAAUGCAUUGCAGGAUGGCGUUGGUAAAAAGGAGGAAGAAACAAGUGGUGUCCAGAGUGACCAAGAGCAGCAGAGUGAUUGUGAAGAUGAAGUUGAGGGCCCUGAGGAGUUGGAUGAUUCGAAAGGUGAAGCCAAUAGUCCCUCGAAUUUUGAUGAGCAUCAGGAUCUGUUCGAUUGGGAUGGUGUUACUUCCCCUCAAGACACAGAAAAAGACACUCGCUGGGAGAUGUGAACCGUGGUUGGACCCCUAUCCUGCCUCUGCCUGCCUGCCUGCCUUCCCACGGAGUAUCAAUUAUGAUUGAUUAACGACUUCCUCUAUUUUAUUAUCUUCUUGUAUCAUAAUUUUAUUUCUCUCGAUGUUAUCGUGUGUUGAGAUUUGGGUUUCGUGAUGUGUGAAGGGGACAUUCGUAACUUUCCACGAUAGCAAAAUGUUUGCCUCUGGAGUUACUUUCCACGUGAAAGCUGGUUGCGCUGCUUUUGCAGUGCAGUGCCAGACGCUUGUUGGAAAUUUAAUCGAGAUAGAUACUCAUUUCUCCUUGGAACUCCGUAUGGAUGCGUCUUAUAUUUGUUCAGAAUCGAAAUAAAGCACAAAAAAA